CAUCCACAUACAUCUAGUUAAAGACAAACGACCAUGCAAACCCUUAGCCUAUAAAUUAGUUGCCCUACUUCUAAUUAUGAGCACCCUAACCAGCACAGACUUAAACUAAUUACUGAAAUCCAUAGAAGAAAAAAAAAAGGUAUUUCAAAAAUGGCUGGUGGGGUAUUUGCUGUGGAUAGUACACCAGAUGCUGCUGUCAAUAUUGUUGGCAAGUUAACACUUUCAAUCAUCAUUACAUGCAUCGUUGCUGCUUCCAGUGGUCUUCUUUUUGGAUAUGACAUUGGAAUUUCAGGAGGUGUCACAACGAUGGUGCCGUUUCUUCAAAAAUUCUUUCCAGAUAUUCUAAGGAAGGCAGCUGGUGCUGAAGUGAAUAUGUAUUGUGUGUAUGAUAGUCAAACAUUGACAUUAUUUACGUCUUCUCUUUAUCUAGCUGGAUUAGUGUCAUCCCUUGCAGCUAGCAAAGUUACCGCGUGGUAUGGUCGAAGAAACGUCAUCAUAAUAGGUGGUGCUCUCUUUAUUGCCGGUGGUGCUAUUAAUGGUGGUUCGGAAAAUAUUCCCAUGCUCAUUUUGGGUCGUGUUUUUCUCGGGUUUGGGGUUGGUUUCACUAAUCAAGCUGCACCGUUAUAUCUAUCUGAAAUUGCUCCCCCAAAAUGGCGAGGCGCUUUUAGUACCGGCUUUCAAUUCUUUUUGGGAGUUGGUGUAGUCACUGCAGGCUGCAUAAACUAUGGCACCGCUGAGCACACAUGGGGAUGGAGACUUUCGCUUGGACUUGCAGUGGUUCCUGCAAUAGUGAUGACAAUUGGUUCCUUCCUCAUAUCGGACACACCCAACAGCUUAGUUGAACGUGGUAAACUCGAGCAAGCUAAAAAAGCCUUACGCAAAAUUAGAGGAUCCUCAGUUGAUAUUGAACCUGAGUUAGAAGAACUUAUUAAGUCAAUAGAACUUGCAAAAUCGGUUAACCAAGAGCCCUUUAAAACCAUAUUAAAAAGGGAGUAUCGACCUCACUUGGUGAUGGCAUUUGCAAUCCCAUUUUUCCAACAACUUACCGGGAUCAACAUCGUCGCUUUCUAUUCACCUAACCUCUUCCAUUCUGUGGGCUUGGGACGUGACGGCGCUUUAAUUUCCGCCAUUGUACUUGGAUCCGUUAGCCUUGUGUCUAACGUUAUCUCUGCCGGUAUUGUUGAUCGAUUUGGUCGAAGAUUCCUGUUCAUAACUGGGGGUAUUAUGAUGUUUGUCUGCUUGAUUGCUGUGUCCAUUGUGCUAGCAGUGGUGUCUGGUGUUGACGGUACAAACGACAUAUCCAAGGGGAAUGCAAUAUUAGUAUUGGUGCUAUUAUGUUUAUACUCUGCUGGUUUUGGUUGGUCAUGGGGUCCUCUAACAUGGCUUAUUCCAAGUGAGAUUUUCCCAGUAAAUAUAAGAACCACAGGACAAAGCAUAGCUAUUGCUAUACAAUUCAUAAUAGUAUUUGUGCUAUCACAAACAUUCUUGACAAUGUUAUGUCACUUUAAGUUUGGAGCCUUCUUGUUCUAUGCUGGUUGGGUUGCUGUGAUGACUCUUUUUAUUAUAUUUUUCUUGCCUGAGACUAAAGGAAUUCCUUUGGAUUCAAUGUACACCAUAUGGGAAAAACAUUGGUUUUGGUGUCGAUUUGUUAAAGGAGAAGAUCGUCAAGAAAAUCAUCCAUGAAGUUUGUAAGUAAAGGAUGAAAAAUUAUUUAUGUUUUGUGUAAAUUGUAUAAUUUGAAACACCAUUUACCACUUUAAAUAUUAGUUAUACUCCCUCCGUCCCAAA